AUGAAUAAAGACGUUAAUAAUAAUAAUAAUCGUAUAACUUAUCAUGACAAUUCUUCUCAUGCUUCAUCUUCAAAACUUCCAUCAACUCCUCUUAUUACUACCGAGCAAAGUAUGACUCCUCCUGCAAUGCAAUCAAAUUCUUCAAAUGUCGUAAUUGCUCUCAUUCAAGCAAGCUCUUCUAAUACUGAAUUUGGUCAAUCUGGUGAACAGAAUAAUUUACGUCAUGGUUUCAAAUAUUUACCUUGUGAACUUGAUAAUUUGUUUCCAUAUAUACAAUAUCGUAAUUCGGAAAUAUCUCCUUAUGGUGUACGUCUUUCUAAAGAAGAUGCUAGCUUAUCUGUAUGGAUUAGUGGCGACCAGUUAACUACUACUACUGAUUUUGGUUUCUCAAUGGCUAGAGCUAAUUGCUCUGUUAAGGAAGGUCAAUGGUUUUAUGAAGUUUUCAUUGAUCGAGGUGGUGAAGGAAAAAUUGAUGGAAAAGAUGCUGCUCACGUCAGAGUCGGAAAUCGUAACUCCCCUGUUGGUUCUGAUGCUUAUAGUUACGGUUUUAGAGAUCUUACUGGUCAUAAAAUACAUCAAUCAAGAUUGUAUCCCUAUGGUGACCCUUUCAAAACUGGUGAUGUUAUUGGCCUUUAUAUAAGUUUACCUUCAUUAAAAAAAGUUAUUCCUGGCUAUCAACCAAUUAGUCCAAAAAGGCAAAGAAUUCCUAUAUUAUUUAAAGGUGAUACUAUGUUUGAAUAUAAAGAUUUUAAACCUACUCAUAAAAUGAACCAACUAUUGGAGUUACCUGAAAAGAAAAAUGAAAAAAAGUACUGGUGGCAACAAAAGCAAGACGAAGCAAAACCUCUUUCAACUUCUCAACCUCCUUUAAUUUCUUCCUUACCUGGCUCAAAGAUUAUAGUUUAUAAAAAUGGUGUAUGUCAAGGUGUCGCUUUUGAAAAUUUGUUUUCAUUUUUCCCCACCGUUGAUGAAUACACUAAUGAUGACGAUUUGACUGAAGACGAUGGUUCCCUUGGUUAUUAUCCUGCUGUAUCAAUGUUCCGUGGUGGUACUUGUACUUUAAAUUUUGGCCCUCAUUUUCGUUAUCCUCCACCACCCGAUCCUGAACUUGAAAUUUCUUCUUCGACAUCAAAGAAACCUUCGAAUGCUGGUGAUAGUGUGCGUAAAUGGCGUCCGAUAUCUGAACGAUACAUGGAAUAUGUAGCGGAGGAUAUAUUAAAUGAUAUUGUUGAUGAAAUUGAAAUCUGGGAUUGGAUGAUAUCUCAGAAAAAAUCUCCUAUAAAACGACCUGCCGUUGUGGAUUUAUCUGAUGGUGGUAUCAUGAAAAAAAGGAAAUUAGAUGAAUCAUAUGGUGAAACUUCUGGUGAUACCCCGACAUCUUAUCAUAUAUAG